GCGUGGAAAAGGAGAGAGGCAUAGAAAGGCAGAAGCCAGAGGAGGGGAACAGGAGGGAGCGAGAGAGAAAGAAAGAGAGAAGUGAGAGGUACAUCGGAAGCAGGGAGUCCACUAAGUGCUCACGGCAGCAUCUCGACGUGGAGAGAAGGGCCAGCAUGACGGAAGAGACACCCAAGAGAGAACUGUCCGGGUUCGCCAACUUCUUGGCCGGCGGGUUUGGAGGCAUGUGCCUGGUGAUUGUUGGUCACCCCCUCGACCUCCUCAAGGUUAAGCUCCAGACCGGGGGCCAGUACAAGGGGGUAGCCGACGCCGCGGCUAAGACCCUCCAGGCAGAGGGGCCGAGGGGUUUCUAUCGCGGCGUUUCCGCUCCUCUGGUGGGCGUGUCUCCUAUCUUUGCCACAUGCUUCUGGGGAUACGACAUGGGGCUCAAGCUGUGCAGAGCUGCGAAGGGGAAAGAUGCCGACGCCAAGAUGAGCUUGGGAGAAAAGAUGUUGGCUGGGGCGUUCAGCGCCCUGCCGGCGACAGCGCUCAUGGCGCCCGUCGAGCGGAUCAAGUGUCUCCUGCAGAUUCAGGGGGAGGAGGUUGCCAGAGGCGCCAAGCCGAAGUAUUUGGGCAUGGUCGAUUGCGCCAGGAAGCUGCACGCAACGGGGGGUAUCGGGAGCGUGUUCAAGGGCUGGGAGGUUACGCUCAUGCGCGACGUGCCUGGGUCGGUGGCGUACUUCGGAGUGUACGAGUUUCUGAAAGAGGCCUUCGCUGCGGAGGACGGCACGGUAUCCAGCGCGGGGAUUUUGUCCGCCGGGGGGUUCGCAGGCAUGGCGACAUGGGCAGUCGCUAUCCCGCCUGAUGUGAUCAAGUCUCGCUGGCAAACAGCGGCGGAGGGUACCUAUUCGAAUCUCGGGGAUGUCCUAAGGACCCUGCUGAGGGAGGAGGGGGCGGCGGCCCUGUACAGGGGAGUCGCCCCGGCCAUGCUAAGGGCCUUUCCCGCCAACGCUGCAUGUUUCUUCGGGGUGGACCUCGCCAAGUCCAUCUUGGGCUCGGCGGGCCUGUAGCAGACUUUUUUCGAUUUGUCGUCUCGGUUUGUUGCACUUUGUACCAAUUCGUGCGGAGAAAUACCUGCCAUUGGGACAAUCACAUUGGUAUCCGAAUGGUUUUUAUAUUUCCUUUCCGAAGAGAGUGGCAAGGGAUUUUUUUCUGCCCUAGGUGAAAAUGAAAGACGGCCCCCCUUUUUUUCUUUUUCUCUCUUUUGGGGAAAAAAUAACGCAUCCUCCGUUUUCCCCGCAAGACAAGGUAGCCACGUGUGCUUAUUUCGCCGUGCGCAGAGUAGAUUAGAAUGGGAAUAUCAAUAUUUGGUUUGUUUCGCACAUGGUUUCUUCGUCCUUGUUGGUGCCACGAUCCCCCCCGUUGUUCGCUAAGUCGCCUACAUUAACCGCUAUUGUAGUGUACAGCGGGGGGGGGAGGGUGAUAGCUUCCGUGUUUGAACUUUACUUUGUGCAUGUGGAGGGGAAGCGAACUACAACUCUUGACACUUUCUGGUUUGUGUUCAUGCGUUGCGCGUUAUUAUUGGACGGGGUGGAAGUCCACCGAUAGGGGAAUAGUCCAGAAAAUAUUGGUCCGGACUCCAAGCAAAGGUAGAUAGCAUCUUGCGGACGCACGGGUUUCAGGUUUGUGAGCCACAAUAGCGCGCACCUCACACCUGUAGAAGGUGGUAUGAUAUCAUACGUGUAUGACAAGAUACGUUUAUCAGUACAAGGUACCAAUAUUGCACCAUGCCCCAACCAUGGUAAAGUGUUGUCCCGCAUCCCGUAUUAUGGUUUCCAUUUCCGUGCGUGCGUGCGUGCGGGUGGUUUUCUUUGUGUUGGUUCCGUCGUUAUUUGUGUCAUGUUGGAAGUGAUGGGUGUAUAUGCUGGCGUUUGGUUUUAACGCCUUUCCUAUUUUAUUUCCUCCCCUGUUUUGGCAGUCUAGAGUGUAAACUAGCAGUGUUUAUGCUAAUAAGUAGGUUUGGGAUAUCGAGAUGCUGUAUCGAGUGUCAGGGAGGUAUUAAGAGAGGGAGAGAUUGGCUCUACUGUGUGCAUGGUACGCGUGCGUAUGAAAAGCGAUAUGUAUUUCAGGAAGGAAGUUCUCGGACAUCGAAUAUCUGGGAGGUAAUAACACGAGAGGAAGCACGUGUCAUUACUGCAGUGCGCCCGCAUAGGAAUAUGAAGAAAUUGAAGCUCGAUGUACCGGGGUGUGAAUCGAGACAGACGCACUGCUUGCUAUCUCCUCUACCGUGCGACGACAGCGGCAUGUAAUAACUUGUAACCGUCAAUGAU